AUGUGGGAGCUGGAGUUCGGGGCGCCAUAUCUUGCCCCCAUUUCGCCCAACACGAGACUCGUCGUCGACAUGGGCUGCGGAACCGGACUGUGGGGCCGAACCAUCGCGCGACAGCAUCCGGCAAUCCAAGUCAUAGGCGUGGAUCUCAAUCCUCCGAUGGAAGGCGACCUGCAUAACUGUCACUUCACCAAGGCGAACGUGGAAGAACCAUGGACCUUCAUCAAAGGCCAGGGCACGGUAGACCUCACCUUUGCUCGUUUGCUUACGACUGCCAUCCGAGACUGGCAAGUGGUGAUUGAUCACGCCUUUCAGGCAACCAAGCCUGGGGGCUAUUUUGAGUCGCAUGAUUCCUCUCUUCAGCUGAUGAGCAAUGGCAGUGCUGAGGCAGAAGCAUCUCAUCUCGCGGCCUGGUUUCGCUGUUUUGCCGAGUUUCUUAGAGGCAACGGGGUUGACACGCGACAAAUUGACACGAUGGGUCAGCGUUUGGAGCAUGCCGGGUUUAAGAUGGUGGAGGAGAGACUGUGUAAUUGGUACCUCUCCCGAUCGAGCCCCGAGAUGAAAGGAAGGGAGAGGAUCAGCACUCUACUUGCCGAUACUGUCGCCAAUGUCAUGGUCAAUGUCGCGCCUAAAAUGGCCGCCCCACCCUCGACCAUGUCUGCCGAAGAUGUGAACACCCUUACGAUAAAUGCGGUGCGGGACCUGAGGGAAAACUCUGCCAAGUUCGGCUUCUAUCUUACCCAGUAA